CUUUCUGACACGUAGCAACCGGCCCGGUACAGGGUCCUUAGCUGAGUUUGGGGGAUUUAGGGGGCUGCCAGAGCUACCGCCGCCACCGCUGCUUCCACGUUUGAUCAUUUGCAAUGUCAGGCUUUGAUAAUUUAAACACGGAUUUCUACCAGACAAGUUACAGCAUCGAUGACCAGUCACAGCAGUCCUACGAUUAUGGAGGAAGUGGAGGACCCUAUAGCAAACAGUAUGCUGGCUAUGACUACUCGCACCAGGGCCGGUUUGUCCCUGCAGACAUGAUGCAGCCACAACAGCCAUACACCGGGCAGAUUUUCCAGCCAACUCAGGCAUAUACUCCAACUACACCUCAGCCAUUCUAUGGAAACAACUUUGAAGAUGAACCACCUUUAUUAGAAGAAUUGGGUAUCAAUUUUGACCACAUCUGGCAAAAAACACUGACAGUUUUACACCCCUUGAAAGUAGCAGAUGGCAGCAUCAUGAAUGAGACUGAUUUGGCAGGACCAAUGGUUUUCUGCCUUGCUUUUGGAGCUACAUUGUUACUGGCUGGCAAAAUCCAGUUUGGCUACGUAUAUGGGAUCAGUGCAAUUGGAUGCCUAGGAAUGUUUUGUUUAUUAAACUUAAUGAGUAUGACUGGUGUUUCAUUUGGUUGUGUGGCAAGUGUCCUUGGAUAUUGUCUUCUACCUAUGAUCCUGCUUUCCAGCUUCGCAGUGAUAUUUUCUUUGCAAGGAGUGGUAGGAAUCAUCCUUACUGCUGGGAUUAUUGGAUGGUGUAGUUUCUCUGCUUCCAAAAUUUUCAUUUCUGCAUUAGCCAUGGAAGGACAGCAACUUCUAGUUGCAUAUCCUUGUGCUUUGCUAUAUGGAGUCUUCGCCCUAAUUUCCGUUUUUUGAACUGAAUUUAUCUGGGAUGUGGACAUCAUUGGGCCAAGUAAUGAAAAGGACUUUGAACUCUUUAAUCGGACCAGCAAACGGCUGCAGUGCAACUCUCAUGCAGAUCUAAUGUUUGACUCUUGGAGCAGUGGAAGUGAAUAAGUAUCUUUUGUUCAUUUUUGUAGAACUUUUGAAUACUAUAUUGGAUUUAUGCAGUAUGACUAGAUUUAAAAGGUGUUUGUGCUUAUACAAAUAAGAAGUGCUAUUUCUUUCCUGUUCCUGCAGCCUUAGAAAAACAACUUUUUCCCUUGCUAAUUGUAUAUUAUGGUGUUUUUGAUAGAUUUUUAUCAACUGUGGGAAACUAACCACAGAGAUGAUAUCUUAAAAACAAUCCAUAGUAGAGAAGACACAGGACUUAUUGGAGAAAUAUUUUCCCAAGGAAUUAGGAAAGAAAACUUGCCUGUAUUGUCAAGUCAGAUGCAAUUGAAGCCGAAAAGUGAUCCCAAUGUAAAGUUUUAUGAGUUUGCACUUCAGAAAUUUGACAUUCCUCUGAGUUAUUUUAUGGAAUUUUGGCUAAAAUUCAGCAAUACAGGUAGUUCACAGUCUACCUUAUUGUAGACAUGGAAUGGAAUAUCUAUUUAAAUAGUAGCAUUAACUAAAACAUAGUGACCUAGACUGGCCACAUUAAUGUUAUAGUUGGAUUUCCAUGUUUCCCAGGAAAAAGAAAAUCACUAACCAUUUUUGAGGAAAAUACUUAAAAUGUCACAAUUUCAGUAUUGCAGUUCCCAAUGUAAAGUGCGUUUGAUGCUUACUGAUUAAAAUUUUCCCAAUUAAUUUAAAAA